GAGCUUAGGAGACAUCUCAAGAGUCCCUCAAAACCCUUCACUUGUCGUCCCCGCAAACGACGGCAGACUUCCCAUGCUCCAGGCCAUGUGCUCAACUCACCCGAUGGGACCUGAUGGGACCGAUGUGAAUGGAGUAUAUUCGUCCCUGUUCCGAUACUACUCUCUCACGGCUCGCAGCUCGCUACCGGAACGGGUACUUUCACAUCUGGGACCGGGUCAAACUAAUCGAGGCUUGUAUGCCUGGACCAGAUCCACCAUCUCUCUAUGUUUGGGCCUGCAAGACUGACGCUUUGUCCUGUCAUGUUGGGCCUCAAGAGAAGACGACGCUGAAAGCAUGCAAGACGUCCUGCAUCUCCAGGUCGGCGACCAUGGGAUACGGAUACAUCUUCUGUUCGACUCGUCGUCUUCUGCAAUUGCAAGCAGGUCAAGUGGGAAUGUCAUAUGCGGUGAACACGUCUGGUUUCGGCGAGACUUCACAGUUGAUGCUUUCAGCUUCGAUGCUGGUGAGGUGGUCCCCCGCGCAUCCCCGAGUACGGCCAGGAUCCUGCUCAGCCUUUCGAGAACGUCACGAAGAUUUCCGUUUCACUCUCCAUACACGACUUGUUGAAGAUAAUAUUACUUCGAAAAGCAUAUAUCACUUAGCGGCGUUGUCGAAGCUAAUGUCGCGGUACCAUCUCGUUUGCAUGCAGGAUAAGGCGGUCGUGGAGGCAGAGGCGUCAAAUGGUGCGAGAACAAUGCGGGGAUGGGAAUGCGUAGGGGAAUGCUGUGUGACACUUGUGAGAUAGAAAUGCGGAUUGAGCUUCGGUGUGCGCCUUGGUGAUUCACGUGCUUCUUGAUCGCCGACGUCCACACUUUUUUGCCAGAGUUCAGUGGAAUGAGAUGACUCGCAUAGUCAUGUUACAUAUGGGAUUUCGCGGUGUCGAUGCACGUCUGUCUCGCUCGUACAGGUCCAUCUUAGCCGCAUUGCAUGUCCACGUCAGGACUGUUGAUUUUAUGGACAGGAGCGUUGUGAAAGGCACGUUCCAUAAGUGACAGGCUAGAAGACCAAGCUUCUUACGUUGACCGCCAUUUGCAACUUCGCAGCGUAGGAGAUACUUGUAGAUUUCAUUGUUAUUCAUUUGAUUUGACUGGACUAUACCAUCCUUGUCUGCUGGGUCGCCCCAUUACCAGGUCUCUCUUUGGAGAUCCAGUCCUGUCUUCCCUCGAGUCCAGUCUAUACGACUGCGGAU